GUCUUAUUGCGAGGUUUGGCCUGUCUCCGAUUCCGUAGGCCGGAGUCGGGGGCGCCUGAGCUAGUGUUUCCGGGCCGCGGCCGGGGCGGUCUCCGCGGCGUUGCAAGUGGGACCACAGCCCCGAGGCUUCAGCCUGGGCAGCAUGGCCCUGUUCCGGUCGGGCCUCCUGGUGCUGACGACGCCGCUGGCCUCCCUGGCCCCUCGUCUGGCCCCCAUCCUGACGUCAGCGGCCCGGCUGGUGAAUCACACGCUGUAUGUACACCUGCAGCCGGGCAUGAGCCUGGAGGGCCCGGCCCAGCCCCAGUCCAGCCCCGUGCAGGCCACGUUUGAGGUUCUUGAUUUCAUCACGCACUUCUAUGCCGGCGCCGACGUCCACAGACACUUGGACGUCAGAAUCCUGCUGACCAACAUCCGUACCAAGUGCACGUUUCUCCCUCCCCUGCCCAGCUCAGUCCAGAACCUGGCGCACCCACCGGAAGUGGUGCUCACUGACUUCCAGACCCUGGAUGGAAGCCAGUACAACCCGGUCAAGCAACAGCUAGAACGCUACGCCACCAGCUGCUACAGCUGUUGUCCCCAGCUAGUCUCAGUGCUGCUGUACCCUGAUUAUGGGACUGGAGACUUGCCUGUGGAGCCCCUGGAUGUCCCCUUACCCUCCACCAUCAGGCCAGCCUCCCCCGUAGCCAGGUCUCCAAAGCAGCCUGUUCGUGGCUACCACCGUGGGGCUGUGGGUGGCACAUUUGACCGCCUGCACAAUGCCCACAAGGUGUUGCUCAGUGUCGCGUGCAUCCUGGCUCAGGAGCAGCUUGUGGUGGGAGUAGCAGACAAAGAUCUGUUGAAGAGCAAGUUGCUCCCUGAGCUGCUCCAACCUUAUGCAGAGCGCGUGGAACAUCUGAGUGAGUUCCUGGUGGACAUCAAGCCCUCAUUGACCUUUGAUGUCGUCCCCCUGCUGGACCCCUAUGGGCCGGCUGGCUCUGACCCCUCCCUGGAGUUCCUGGUGGUCAGCGAGGAGACCUAUCGUGGGGGGAUGGCCGUCAACCGCUUCCGCCUUGAGAAUAACCUGGAAGAGCUCGCCCUGUACCAGAUCCAACUGCUGAAGGACCUGGACCACAAAGAGAAUGAAGAGGACAAAGUCAGCUCCUCCAGCCUCCGCCAGCGCAUGCUCGGACUCCUGCUUCGGCCUCCACAUAAGAGGCCAGAGCUCCCCCCGGGUCUCUACGUGAUUGGGCUGACUGGCAUCAGUGGCUCUGGGAAGAGCUCAAUAGCUCAGCGGCUGAAGGGCCUGGGGGCAUUUGUCAUUGACAGUGACCAACUGGGCCAUCGGGCCUACGCCCCGGGUGGCCCGGCCUACCAGCCCGUGGUGGAGGCCUUUGGAACAGAUAUUCUCCACAAAGAUGGGAUUAUCAACAGGAAGGUCCUGGGCAGCCGGGUGUUCGGGAACAAGAAGCAACUGAAGAUGCUCACGGACAUCAUGUGGCCAGUUAUUGCAAAGCUCGCCCAAGAGGAGAUGGCUGUGGCUGUGGCUGAGGGAAAGCAGGUGUGCGUGAUUGAUGCCGCCAUGCUGCUGGAAGCCGGCUGGCAGGACAUGGUACAUGAGGUGUGGACCGUUGUCAUCCCUGAGACUGAGGCAGUGCGACGCAUCGUGGAGAGAGAUGGCCUGAGUGAAGCUGCUGCGCAGAGCCGGCUGCAGAGCCAGAUGAGCGGGCAGCAGCUUGUGGACCAGAGCCACGUGGUGCUGAGCACCCUGUGGGAGCCGCACAUCACCCAGCUCCAGGUGGAGAAAGCCUGGGCUCUCCUGCAGAAGCGUAUUCCCAAGACUUCAGGCCCGUGACCGACAGCGAGUUCUCUGUGGGGCUGGACUGGCCCUUGGAGCUGACGAGGUCCAGCAGUGAGAGGAGUGGGGGCCUCAAUGCUCACCCUGGGUCAGACCUAGGCCACCAGGCUGGGCCUGGUGGACACAGGAAGUCUACUCAGCAUGCUGAUAUUUGACCAACGCUGAGGAUGUGGCUUUCAGGCGAGCAGGCACCUCUGGGGUUCCAUCCACUUUUGCCCACAGGUGUCUGUGGUACCCACAGUUGACUGGGUUCAGACCAAACAUUGGAACUUACGAUUAAAGGUCAAAGUUCCUGGCU